AAUAUGCCAAAAAGAGGUCGUCCGCGCUCGCAAGCAUCACAGGAAGCAGAUAAGCUGCUUAGAGUAGACAUAGAAGAUGCGGUAGAUGACAUUAUUCCAGUUGCGCUUGCAACAAAACUCAGACAAAGAUUAGCCGAGAUAGCUCCUGGGACUUCUGGUUGUCAGGAUGAGCCUAGACCAAUUACAGGGCGAAAACAUGAUCGACUCUACUCCCGUCGAACUCCGUCCGAAUUCAUAGACUGCCUGAAACGGCUGAAUCCCCGACAAAAAAAGGCUGUCACUGAUAUAGGAUUUGGGGCGGUCCUUGAUUUUGACGUUAAGGAAAUCCCGCCGUAUCUUGCUUAUUGGGUUCUGAGCGCCUUAAAUCUGCCCCGCUGCCAAAUUCAACUCACCGGCGGUGAACACCUUACUCUAGACGAGGAGGAUGUGCACCUCACGUUGGGGUUCCCUCGAGGGCCAAAAUUGAUAUCAAGGCCGGAGGAUAAGCAGUCAAACUUCGGCUUCAACGACCAAGUGGCAGAGAGAUGCCAGAAGGGUCGCUUUAAAAUGACACCAAAAGACAUUGCACAUCUUAUGAUGGCCGAGGUUGAUGGUGGAGACGACUUCAAGAAGCUGUUCAUGUUCCUCCUUGAAAAUGCGUUGAUAGAAACUCCUAGUGAUGGCCACUGCAAGCCGAAGAUUCUCCAUUUCAUCGACCAUGUUGCUGAUAUCAACAAUCUGAAUUGGUGUGGCUACGUGUUGUCUGUCCUGGAGGCCACACACCCGAGCUGGUCUAGCGGACAAUCUGUGGUUUAUCUAUACAGUGCAUUAUGUAUACAAACAAAGGCAUUAUUUACAAUAUAUUAUGCAUCAUGA